AUGGCGGCAGACGCGGACAGCGAUAUUGCUAUUCGUUUUGUCGACGAAAACGACUACAGAGAGAUUUCUGCUAAGCUGUGACAGCGAAACGGAAAUUAAAAAAGAAUCGCCCUUUCCUGGCUUGUUUCUAAACAUUGUUACGAUGUUGAUUCGAGCGAAGCUGAGAGUUCUAGUGAAGAAGAUGAAAAAGUCAGUGCAAGCGAGGAGGAAGCUGUAACCGAAACGGAGAGUGCUAAGGAAAGACAAGAAUCGGUAGAAAGCUCCUAUUCCGAUGAUAGUUCAGCAGAUGAAGCGAAGAGGAGGAAAAGUGCAGGGAAGCCUAAACCUGCGCCUUCGAGUUCGACCGUCAUCAAAUGA